GAGCGUUGUGUGCGGAAGCUUGGGGGUCCGGCGGUCUCUCUGGCGUCGCCAUGGUUCCACGCGUGCAGCUCCCGCCUGAGAUCCAGCUCGCGCAGCGCUUGGCGGGGAACGAUCAGGUGACCCGGGACCGAGCGGUGCGGAAGCUCCGGAAGUACAUCGUCGCCCGGACCCAGCGGGCCGCAGGUGGUUUCACACAUGACGAGCUACUGAAGAUAUGGAAGGGACUGUUUUACUGCAUGUGGAUGCAGGACAAGCCACUCCUGCAGGAAGAACUAGGAAGGACCAUUUCCCAGCUUACACAUGCUUUUCAGACCACAGAGGCACGACACCUGUUCCUGCAGACCUUCUGGCAGACCAUAAACCGUGAGUGGGCAGGCAUCGAUAGACUGCGCCUGGACAAGUUCUACAUGCUCAUGCGGAUGGUCCUGAGUGAGUCCUUGAAGGCUGUGAAAGCACAAGGAUGGGAAGAAAGACAGGUUGAGCAGCUUCUGGAACUGCUGACCACUGAGAUCCUGCACCCUAACGGCGAGGCCCCCAAUGGAGUGAAGAGCCACUUCCUCGAGAUCUUCCUGGAGGAGCUGAGCAAAGUGGGCGCUGCAGAGCUCACUGCGGACCAGAAUCUGCAGCUCAUUGACCCCUUUUGCAGGAUUGCUGCCUGCACUAAUGAUUCCUUGGUUCUGCAUAAUAUCACCCGGAGCAUCUUGGAGAUGAUUGUGGAGCAGGCACCGUUGGCCAUUGAGGACCUGAUGAAUGAACUGGACCAGCAGAAGGCGGAGGAUGAGGUGUCAGAUGGCGAUGAUGAGUUGUCAGAAGGCUCCUUCUGUAGGGCUGAUCCUGAGAUGGAUGAGGAGCAGGCAGAGGACGAUGGGGACAGCUCUGACCCUGUGCUCCAGUUUGACUAUGAGGCAGUUGCUAACAGAUUGUUCGAGCUGGCCAGUGGUGAGAGCACUCCUUCUCAGAACAGGAAGCGUCUCUACAAAGUGAUCCAGAAGUUGCGGGAGCUGGCUGGAGGCACCUUCCCUGAGGAUGAUGUCCCAGAAAAAGCCUACAAGAAGCUGCUUGAAGGGAGGAGGGAACGGAAAAAGAAGCGUUUGCUUAAAUCACAGUCGCAGGAGAAAGCAGGGGAAGGCAAGGAGAAGGCCUUGAGUCCAUACCCAGACUUGGGGGUUGAGAGGAAGAGGAGCAGGCGGAAGGUUGAGAGAGCCGGGUCCACAGUACCCGCGGAGACCCGCGGCCAGAGAGGGGCUCAUGGAAGGAGGAGGAAGAGGUCUCGACAGCUGCACAGGUGCAAAGCAAGGGUGGCUGGUGUUCAGCAGCCAGAGAAGAAGAGGAAACAGUCCCUGGAGAACAGGAAAUGACGCACUGGCCCAGAAUGGGUGGGAGUCGUGCUUGCUGCUGGCUUCUCAUUUGCACCAAGUUGAAACUCUCCUAGCUUCCUGUAGGGAAGAAGCCAGGGAUAGGACAAAGAGGUGGACCUUCUUUCAGAGCCAGCCUUCAAGGAAAUGCACUUUCCUCAGGCACCACCUGUGUGCAGUGUCUGGAUGAGAAAUUCAAACAUCAGACUCCACCCACAUCGGACAUGGUGCCUCUCUAUAGUCCCAGCACUUGGGAGGCAGGAGCAUCACGAGUUCCAGGCUGGCCUGGGCUACACAGUGUAGAAAGACCCUGUCACAGACAAACCCCCAACUCCACCUGUGUCGGGGACGGUCACCUAGGCCGUGAGCUGUCUUUAAAAUAAAACAUGCGUCCUUAGCAAAGCACUGUAGCUUCUGAUGUUUGAAUGGACGCACUUGUGUAUGAAGUGACAGGUGCACUUUCCUGAGCAGUGUUUACGGGAGAGUCAUUGUAACAAUUACAGGUAGACUUGCACUGUACAUUGUUUGAUCACCCUCCACCUCCUCCCACACCCUCCUUCCAGCCCAAUGUAAAGCAGUUACAGGAGGUUUCAUUGUUCUGUUUUGUAUAUGCGUGUGAGUUCUAGCAACCAUAUUCCCUCACCUUCAUCUCCUUCAUUCACUCCCUGCUCCCACAG